GGAGGAGGAGCUCACUCCUUGCGACCCGCCCACACCAGUCUGGCCUGGAGCUGAGGCAACGCGUCCUGGUCGCCUGCAUCCGAACAGCUUGCCUGCCCUGGUGCCCCGGUGCUCCGACCUCGUCCGGUCAUGUCCCUGCGCCCCUUGCUCUGCCCGCUCCGACUGCUGCUGCUGCUGCCGCUGCUCAGUGGGGCGGUGUGCCGGGCUGAGGCUGGGCCAGAAACCGAAAGUCCCGUCCGGACCCUCCAAGUGGAGACCCUGGUACAGCCCCCUGAGUCGUGUACGGAAUCCGCUGCCUUGGGAGACACGCUCCACAUACACUACACGGGCAGCUUGGUAGAUGGACGCAUUAUUGACACCUCUCUGACCAGAGAUCCUCUGGUUAUAGAACUUGGCCAAAAGCAGGUGAUUCCAGGUCUGGAGCAGAGCCUUCUGGACAUGUGUGUGGGAGAGAAGCGAAGAGCCGUCAUUCCUUCUCACCUGGCCUAUGGAAAGCGAGGGUACCCGCCAUCUAUCCCAGCCGAUGCCGUGGUGCAGUAUGAUGUGGAGCUGAUUGCAUUGAUUCGAGCCAACUACUGGCAAAAGCUGCUGAAGGGCAUUUUGCCCCUGGUGGGCAUGGCUAUGGUGCCAGCCCUCCUGGGCCUGAUUGGGUAUCACUUAUACAGAAAGGCCAGCAGACCCAAGGUCUCCAAAAAGAAGCUGAAAGAAGAGAAGCGGAACAAGAGUAAAAAGAAAUAAAUAGUGAUCGUUAAGAAAA